AUGAAAGAACUCUUCGAUCAAGCUGAUUUGAAUGGUGAUGGUGCCCUCACUGACAGGGAAUGCAAUGGCUUCUGUGAUGCUAUUAGAAUGUUCCACGGUUUGCGUAGUCCUCUCUCGGAGGAGUUCUAUGCGAUAGUAUUGGACGAACUGGAUCCAGAGGAGACGGGACGGAUAUACUUAGAUGAUCUGAAGGAGCUCUACCAGGCUGUAUGGGAUGAGAGGCGGACAGGCGUGCUGAAUCCGGAUGCACCAAUGCCGACUAUUGGUGAUGAGGAAGAGGCUGCGGGGAGACGGGCCUUGGAGGCUCUAACUGCCGAGCUCCCUCCUCCUACACCUAUCACACACAGGCAUGGUGUGGAGGGGAGUAGUAGGAAAAGCAGUGGGGAAAUGGGGAAUGAGGAAGAGAGAGAAGAUGGUGAGGGAGAACUGGGGGUAGAAAAAGAGAAGGAAACGGUGGUAGAGGCGGAUGAAGAAAUGGUGGCUGAGGAGGAAGAGAAGGAAAUGGUGGCUGAGGAAGAGAAUGGAACGGUGGUAGAGGAGGGAGAGAAGGAAAUGGUGGUCGAGGAGGAGAAAGAGGCAGUAAUGGUAGUGAACAAUGGCGAUGAGUUGGGGUAUGAAGGGAUGAGAGGAGGACAAGCUAUGGGAGAGGAGGAGGGGGGUGAAAGGAAGUUGGAAGCGGAGGAGGAGGGCAUGACUGUAGUGGCUAGGGAGGAAGAGGUAACUGUUGAGGAGCAGGGAGAGAUGAGGAAGGUCGGCAGCAGGAGGAGGUCGCUCUUCCACAAGCAGAUGCUGGAUCAGCAUCUGCCGAGGAGGAGGCUAGUCCCAUUGAUGGGGAUGAAAUCAUACAAGAUGAUUCAUGCAAGAGCGAGUACUCCUACCUUAGUCCACGAGAGUACUAUCAUUGUCGUCCGUCAGGAGCACGCCAAUCGUCGGGUCAGCACCUUGUGA